ACUGCAGAUUAAAUGGUUUGCGCGCGCACGUUGUCUGAUCCCGCCGGGGUUACGUCUAUGGCUUCAGAUAAACAUGUGGAGCAAGAGGAUCAGAAUAUAGUUUCGGAAUUUUGUCAUUUACUCGAAAAGUCGAAACAGUUAUUCAAUGGUUUACGUGAUCUACCACAGCAUGGUCAUAGGCAGUGGAAAGCCUAUUUUGGUCGCACCUUCGAUGUAUACACAAAAUUAUGGAAAUUUCAACAACAGCAUAGACAAAAGUUAGAUGAACUCUAUGGACUUAAGCGAUGGCAAAUUGGUGAGGUUGCAUCGAAAAUUGGUCAGUUAUACCAUCACUAUUAUUUACGCACUAGUGAUCUGCAUUACCUGAAUGAAUCAUUCGCGUUUUUCUCAGCUAUUCGAACUCGUGACUAUUACUCCAAAGCAAAUAAAGAAGAGAGACCUGACCUAAUGAUUAAGAAACUUCGUUAUUAUGCUCGUUUUAUAUUAGUAUGCCUUCUUUUGCGCAAGAUGAAGCUGGCAAAUGAAUUAAUAAGAGAGUUUUCAAAACAAGUUGAUGAAUAUAUUGAUAUUUAUGAUGCUGAUGACCACCUUGGGUGGGUUAUGAUGAUACAAGAAAUGAAGGACUUUGUUGAUGGUGACUCUAUAUGCGAAAUUGUCGACUGUGAUACUCCACAGAUUUAUGCAUCAAAAAGACUCAAUACAUUCAACAGCCCACAAGUCGAAAGACACGAACUAGGCCAUCUACAGCUUUCUGAAGUUCUUAUUGUUGGAAAUUACUAUGGUCAAAUCCGCUAUAGUGAGUUAUCCUUAGAUAUGUACCGUAUGUUGCAAACAUUUGAACGUGAUCCUCGAGGACAGGUGUUAAAUAAUCGCAAUUCUAAGUUCAGUGUCACAGAUGGUCUGGAGAAUGGUGUUCCUGCUGGUUAUCCUAUUGAUGCAUCGGAAGCCACAAACCCCCACAAAUAUCUGUUAUACAAGCCUACAUUCUCUCAGUUCAAUACCUAUGUCGCAGCAGCAUUCAAGGACCUCCCUGCCAAUGGUGCACUGUUAGUAUAUAUAUCUGCUGAUGGUGUUCGGGCUCCCACAGCGAAAACCAAUGAAUCGCAUUUGGGAGCAGCUGGUUAUGAUUAUGGGGGAGUUGUUACAAACAACCGCCACGAACAGGAAUUCACUGUAAAACCAAGACGAUUUAAUUUUAAAGAACCUCAUUGUAUUCAUCCUGGUGAUCUCCUGCUUUAUACACGCAAACCUCUGUUCGUCAUUAUUGACAGUGAUAAUAGCACCACGUUUCGGAAUAUUCCGAACCUGUUCGGUCAACCUUUUGUAUGUCUCCUUUCACCUGAAGUUAUCCCGGAAAAACUAGAAAGUCAACGACAUCGAGGCAAUCUGUUCACAUUAUUCUUACAUUGUCCACUAACUGCAUUUUGCCUAACGUGUAAUUUAACUAAAAUCAACCUGAAGACAUAUGAUCGAGCACAAGGGAUCAUAGAUUCUUUUCUAACUGAAUGCUACCAAGUUCUAACACAUUCAAGAAGUUUAGACUAUUCGUACCAGCAGUUCCUUUCGGAUGACUUCCUUCGAACGAUAAUACUGCGGUAUUGUUUCUGCAAUAUUGUUCUACAACUUCAUCGAGGAUUUCAUGGACCUUCUUUCUAUCCCUCUUGUUCCCCUCCACUUCCAGGAUCUGAGUUAAUGGAUUGUCGUGUAUUGCAUAAGCUAAUUACUGAAUUAGCAUCAUUAGUUGAUUGUCGAGCACUUUUCGCCACAGCAGAUGAUUACUCGAAAGAUUGAACAGAAAAUGUCAAGGGAAUAUAUUCCCUACACAUUCAUCCAUCAUAAAUUGAUAUUCCUAUCCAAAGACAACUAUCCUCAGGAUCAGUAUGUCAGAAUAUGAUUUUCCGCUAUGGAUCUUCCUUUUAUUUAUGCUAUUUCAAAUGAGAUGUCCCCUAUAUGAAACUGAUACAGUAUUACACCUUUGCAUUUUAUUGUAUUUUUUUCUUUUCUUUUCACAAUCUGAAAGAGAAUAACGGCAGAUUGC